ACAGCCAGAGACAGAAAAGAAGACAAACCAGAAGAGCAGAAAGAAGACAGCCAGGAGGAAAAAGAAGACAGCCAGGAGAAGACAGAAAAGAAGACAGCCAGCAGAAAGAAGAAACAGAAGACAAGAGACCAGGAACAGAAAGAAGACAGCCAGGAGGGAAAGAAGAGCAGCCAGGAGCAGAAAGAAGACAAGGAAGACAGGGAGCCAGAGGAAAAGAAAGAAACAGCCAGGAGCGAAAGGAAGAAGAGCCAAAAGGACAGGAGCGGAAGAGAGGACAGCCAGGAGCAGGAAAGGAGACAGCCAGGAGCGGAAAGAAGACAGCCAGGAGCAGAAAGGAGGGGAGCCAAAGGAAGAAGGGAAAGGAAGGGAAUGACGGAAAAACCAGAUAGAAACACAUAUACACCCACCAAGAAAGACACAUUCUGCAUACACGCUGAAACACAGAAGCAGAAACGCAUUAUGUCGCAAGUUUAA